AAAUCAGAUGAAAUGGCAAGGAACCCAGAGGAAGAAAAACUGGCGGAUGUAAAUAGUAGUCCUUCUUCACUCCUCUCCCACUUGGGGAAUCACUCUUUUAGCCAAGGGUGAAAGCUUCGAGUGACCCACGUGUCUGGCCUACUAAAGUGCAGAUCACACUUUGAGGAGGGUUGCCAACGAUCGUUUGGCACCUCUCAUCCUUUAGAGAGAAAACCAGUUAUGACCAUUUAGGUUCUGCAUUAAAGAAAUAUCUGAAGAGCGUGAGUUCCUGGCCUUUCUUUCUCCUGGCCCCUUGGGUCGUAGGAAUGCAGGGUUCUUUACAAAUAUCAUCUCUUAUAUAGUCAUUUUUCUUUCCUCUCUUUUUCUUUGGUGGGCAGGACUCUGCAUGUUUUCAUAAACUAACCCCUUUCAAUCCUAAGAAAGAGGAAAAGAUUAGAAACUCCUUCCAAACCAUAUAGAUAAAUCCAUUAGAAACAGAGCAGAAAGACUCAACAGAGCAGAAAAGAUCCCAACCCCAAAAGGAGAGGGUGGCUUGUAAUAUAAAGCAAGGCUGAGUUCCUGCACUGAACUAAGAUACACCACUUACCUGCUCUACAAUGUGUUAUUCUCCUUAUUUAUAUUUCUCAGAUGCUUCAAGACACUCAGAUGCAUUUAAAUUAACUUGUUUGUUUGUUUAGUCUUAUCUCUUCCUAAGCCUCUGGAGCAAAAAUAGAAAGGAGAAAGUGAAUCACGAAGGUAUCCCAGUGACUGAAUGUCUAAGGGAGUGUGCGAGGCAGCUAUGCCGGGGUCCUUCCUCGUAAUUCAGGACUGCACUCCUUCCCUCACGUGUGAACUGGAGUAGUAGUGAAACUGACUACUGUGAAGUUACGUCCUGGAGCAGCUGAGCAGUAAUUUCUUUGGGAUUUAAAACCACAGGCUCUUUCUUCCACAUAGCCCACCCACUCUGCCUUGGACAAGCUAUGGCAGCAGAUGAAAGUUUACUUCUCAAUAUUUCCGAGGACUGGACCUUCCCAGGUUUUCACCGCCCAGAGCACAAGAAAUUCUCCAGAUCUGUAGGAGCCAAAGAGAGAAAGGGAACACCGAAACAAGCAAAAACUACAAAAAGAAAGUUCCAAGGGGACAAUGAAGGACCCCCACCAAAACGAAAGAAUGAAAUAUUCUUAGUCCCUGCCAAGAAAACUGAUGUUAAAGAGGUUGAAAGGACGGUGAAGGGAAAGCCAGAAGGUCUGAUUUCUCCCAAGAAGCACCCAGCUGUCCGUACUAAUGAGGGACAAGUGGAGAGGCCGUUCAUUAAGACUUCAUCAUUAUUUAAAAACAACCCUGAAAUUCCAGAAAUCCACAGAGCUACCGUGAAGCAGGUACGGGAAAAAGUGUUUACUUCGGAUUCUUUUCAUGAGUUGGGCCUCCAUCCUCACCUGAUUUCAACAAUAAACUCUGUCCUGAAAAUGGCCAGCAUGACCAGUGUUCAGAAGCAAAGUAUUCCUUCAUUGCUAGAAGGCAGAGAUGCUCUUGUAAGAUCCCAGACAGGAUCAGGUAAAACGCUUGCCUAUUGCAUCCCUGUGGUUCAGUCUCUUCAAGCAAUGAAGUCGAGAAUACAGCGCAGCGAUGGACCCUAUGCUCUGGUAUUAGUACCAACAAGAGAGCUGGCUCUACAGAGCUUUGACACCAUCCAGAAACUGCUUAAGCCAUUUACCUGGAUAGUGCCUGGAGUGUUAAUGGGGGGAGAGAAGAGAAAAUCAGAAAAGGCCAGACUACGUAAAGGGAUAAACAUCCUAAUCUCCACUCCUGGGCGUCUGGUAGAUCACAUUAAAUCCACCAAAAACAUUCACUUCAGGCGAAUCCAGUGGUUGAUUAUUGAUGAAGCAGACAGAAUCCUGGACUUGGGUUUUGAGAAGGACAUCACGGUGAUACUCAAUGCCAUAAAUGCAGAGUGCGAGAAACGUCAGAAUGUCCUUUUGUCAGCCACUCUCACUGAGGGCGUAACGAGGUUGGCAGAUAUCAGUUUGCACAAUCCAGUCAGUAUUUCUGUAUCAGAUGAAACCUGUGACCAACGCACAAAAGGAUACAAAAUAGCCGGAGAGUCCGGUCCCCUACGAACAAGUGCUGAGCCGGACGGCUUUGCUGUGCCUGAGAAACUCCAACAGCACGUGACGCUGGUGCCCAGCAAACUGAAGCUCGUCACGCUAGCAGCCUUCAUUCUUGGAAGAUGUGAGUUCGAGAAAGAUCAUAAGCUGAUUGUCUUUUUCUCGAGCUGUGAGCUGGUCGAGUUCUACUACCACCUCUUCCUCCAGACCCUGCUGGGCAGCUCCACAGCCCCAGCAUCAGGGCAGUCACCAUCUGCCUCCUCCCGAUUAAAAUUCCUGCGUCUGCAUGGCAACAUGGAACAGGAGGAAAGAACAGCAGUUUUUCAAGAGUUCUCACUGUCCAAAUCGGGCAUCUUGCUUUGUACGGACGUUGCAGCUCGGGGCUUAGAUCUCCCUCAGGUCACAUGGAUUGUUCAGUACAACGCUCCAUCUUCACCUGCAGAAUACAUCCACCGGAUUGGGAGAACCGCCCGGAUUGGCUGCCAUGGGAGCAGCCUGCUCAUUUUGGCUCCUUCGGAGGCAGAAUAUGUCAACUCGUUGGCUUCUCACAAAAUCAAUGUAUCUGAGAUAAAGAUGGAGGACAUUUUAUCAAUUUUGGCAACGGAUGAUCGUUUUAAAGCAAGACGAUGGGGAAACAAGAAGUCCCGCAGUGUUGGCCCCCAGGAAAUCCGAGAGCGAGCCACUGUCUUGCAGACAGCAUUUGAAGAUUACGUGCAUGCCAGUGCGGAGAGGGUCUCCUGGGCAAAGAAAGCUCUACAGUCCUUUAUCCGUGCCUAUGCAACCUACCCAAAGGACCUAAAGCACAUUUUUCAUGUCCGCUCCCUCCAUCUGGGUCAUGUGGCCAAGAGCUUUGGAUUGAGAGAUGCCCCCCAGAAUCUGAAUGCUUCUUUAGGAAACAAAAGGAAAUCAAAGCCAAAAAGGCCUGACCUUCAUAAGAAGACCCAGAGUAAACACCGCCUUGCUGAAAUCUUGCGUUCAGAAUACUCAAGUGGGAUGGAAGCUGGCGACGCCAAGGUCAAAAAGCAAAACAAACAUGGAAAACCCAGCAACCACGCACUGCAGAGCUGAGUUGGAGCUCCCAACCUUUGCUGUAGGGAGGGAAGAAAAGAAAAUCUGGCUCUGGGAAACACUGAAAAAGCCCCUGAAGACAUCCUGUAUGGGCCAGUGAGACUUAGCUAUGACUUCUCAAAAACUGCCUCUGUAGAUGGGACAGAGCCUCAAGGUGCAUCUUGGAAGCUCUGAAUUGGUAACUGUCCAAUUUUUGUCAAAGGAACCUUAUAAAAAAUAAGCAGGUUCCUCUUUUCCUGCAUACCAAAUUUCAAAACAUUAUAAUUUUACUGACUCUUUCAUGAGUGGAGCCUAGAUAGAAACCAAGGGAAGUAACAUCACAACCACAAUUAGCUAAUUCGUUGAUAUCUCCAUUCAUUCCAUUGCUACUGAAAGUUGAUCAGGCCUUUAAAUGAGCAAGUUAUAAAAAGAAAGUCAAAAGAACUCCCCAUCCUGAGUCAUUGGACACAGUUGGAUGUGCUAUACAUUAAAAGCCUACUGUGGCACCAGCUAGCCCCUGAAAUGUAUUAACCCUGUUGUCACAUACCAGCAUCUUAGCAAAGUUCCACUGUUUUAUUUUUGUACUAUUUGAUGCCUUCAGUCUUAUUUGUAAAGCACAGCUUGUGACAUGAAGAGUAGCUGUGUGACCUUGGGCAAAGCAGACCCUUUUCUGGACCUCAAUUUCCCUAUCCAUAAAGUGAAGGGGCAGGAUUUGUUGAUUUCUAAGGUCUCUUCCAGUUGUUAAAAUAUAAUUCUGUGAAAUGGGUGUAUAUAAGAAAUGUUAUUUAUAAAAACUCCCUUCCCCAAUGCAUGAGACUGAAUCAUUUUGUAAAACGAAUCAGAAAUACAGUGUUGUGGCAAUA